UAUGGAGUUACAUUCGGGAAUGCGCAAAGCUCUGUGACUAAAAACUCACCACACUGUGGCACGGCUUCGCGAUAUAAACGCUUUGCGACCGUCUGUCUGCUUGCUGAGUCGCAGGAAUGUUGUAAAGUACUGUUCGUUUAACGUGGGACUGGGGGACAGAAGAAGGUGAAGAGACUCAACGGGCGUCGGGUGCGCGAGAACGCGGGAAUAUUAUAAUGGCGCUCGCGGCGGUUUCCCUGUAUCUCCUCGCGCUCGUCUGGACGAACUUGCGCCCGGUCCACGGGAACAACCGGCACGCCGUGUACUGGAACAGCUCAAACAUACAUUUGCGGAGAGAAGGCUACACCGUUCAGGUCAACGUUAACGACUACCUUGACAUCUACUGUCCACAUUAUAACCAGAGCCAACGGGGGGUGCUGGAGCGUGGCGUGGCCGAGCAAUACAUUCUCUACAUGGUCAGUUACCGAGGCUACCGCACCUGCGAUCCACAGAUGGGCUUCAAACGCUGGGAGUGUAACCGACCGCACGCCCCCCAUGCACCAAUUAAAUUCUCUGAGAAAUUCCAGCGUUACAGCGCUUUCUCGCUAGGCUACGAAUUCAACGUGGGUCAUGAGUACUAUUAUAUAUCCACACCAAUCCAUCACCACGGACACAGCUGUUUAAGACUGCGGGUGUUUGUCUGCUGUUCUACAGUCUCUAAUGCAGAUGAUGACUCGAACCUAAGCCCUCCUGACUACACUGUCAGACCAAAAAUGCAUGACAUUGAUGAGUUUAACCCCGAGGUCCCCAAACUGGAGAAGAGCGUGAGUGGCAGCAGUCCGUCUGGAGACCGACUGUUAAUCACUGUGGCGACGCUCCUCCUCGCUGCUCUCCUCGUGUCCUAGCAACUGUCUCCCUCUCUUACAUUUCUGCGCCAGCAGGCCCAACACUCCAAAACUAUCGCCUUCCGUUCAAUUUGUGCGGGAGAAUAUUCAAUCAGAACAGAUUAACCAUUAGUUGAGCCCUAACACGGGAGCUAAUUGUAGACCUACCACACCCAAUCAGUGGCCUUUGUCUCCACAAUUUUGAUACACACUAAAAUGGAACUGAGGAAAAAGGACAACAUGCUUGUCAAAGCAUUGAUUUCAGAAUUUGCCUUUGUGAUAGAAUGUCUGCACUAACUCCUCAAAAAUACUGGAGGAAAACAAGGUCAGCAAGACAGUGAGGUCUCUCUACCUCCAGCUACACCCUCUCUUGGGUUAAUGAACCCAUCCAGACCGGGACAGCUUUUGUUGUGGAUACUCUGAGAUUGAUAUGAACCAAAAUGGAUUUGACAACCAUUGCAAAAUGCUCAGUCCUCAUCGUAUGGAUCUUGGUGAAGUGAUUUAAAGAUUGGUGGAGGCGUCUGAUCCUGUCUUAAAGUUAUGUUGCACCCUAUACCUUUGUGACUGCAAUGUAUGUCAGUCAUUGAUAGUGCUGCAGAGAGACAUCACAAACAUCCCUCAAAGAUCAAUAAAACUAAUUUGUCAGUCACUAAGUUCAGGUGUUAGACUUAUAAAUCGAUCACAGAAAGGCACAGCUGCUAUUUCUGCUAGUUGUUGGGCAAGCUGUAUUAAAAACACAGUUUACUUGUAGUUUCCUAGUUCCAUUCCUGAACUUGGAAAAUAGAGGCACAUUAUUGUAUAAGUCAGACCAUCACUUUUGUACGGUAUAUAUUGGAUGGCCAAAAUAGAUUGGUCUUCAUAACAGUGUCUCACAGAAGCUUGUGUGUUACAACCUAAUAAAAGGGAAUUAAGACAGACCGAAUGAUAAGUGUAGAUAGACCGUUAUUUUGUUUCUUGUAGUAUGUGUGUUAUCAUGGAAAGGUACCGUUCAGUGAUUGGUCUGUGGCUAAAGGGGGUGUGCUACUGAUUAGCAUAGUGGAAUUUUUUGUAAGAGGGGUAGAGUCGUAAACUGCAGUUCACUGUUUUAUAUUAAGGAAUUGCAGUGCAGAAUUAGUUUUUAUUGUACAACACAUAUUUAACAACUGCUCUUUGAGUAUGUAACUUUAUAUACUUAAUUUAUUGAGUUAUUUAUUGAUCAUUUGAUCCUUUUUAAAACUUUGUGAGUUUUCGUCUGCUUUCUUGAGGGAUCUUCCUUCGUCUUUACGAAUGCCAAAUUAUUUUGUUUGUUUUUUGUUUGUAUCUGUUCAUGUUCCGGCAAAUUGAGUCGCUUCAAUUCAUAGUUACACUCUAGGGAAAAGGACAUUCUUUAUGCAUUUCAUACAUUGCCAGCAAUGCUGUUAGUUGAAUUAAGUACAUCAUCUUCAUAAGGAGGGUCAUUAUUAGACAAUGUGAAGAUGUUGUAGUUUAUAUUGGUGGGUGGGGCUAGGAGGGGUAGUAGGGUGGGGUUCUUGUGGUUGGGUGUGGCUUCAAUGCUGUAAUGGAAUAAAGCAUUCCUCAUACUUCUGCAUAGUCCCCCAUGCAGACACUGUCAAGAGUGAAUGUGCUUGUAUGCGUGUUUCAUGAGUGUGCACUUUACGGGGGAUUGUAUGAAAGUAUGUGGAUGCAUUUUGGCAUUUUCAUAUUAAUUUAGAUACACAUUUGUUGUUUUUGAAUAUUCAAGCUUGCGUGAGAGUUUUGGGUGGUGAGGAUGUGGCGGGCGAUGACAAAAGCAUUUAACGUACCAGUCGUGUUUACCUUAGAAUGACUACAAACAUGUAUACGAAUCAUGAAUGACAAUUAUCAGAAUGAAACUUAA